CUAAACGUGGCGUUUAUCUUGUGUGGACCGGGCAAAGAGCAUUCUGAAAAAGAAGUGAGCAGGAAAAACAACGAGGGGAAGGGGUGCGGAGUGAGAGUCGUAAAAACCCCUUUAAUGGUACUUUUUAACAAAAGCUCCUUCCGGAUCCUUCCGGUAUACCGGGUUCUGGUAAACGCUAUGAAUGGUUUAUUUUGACAGCUCUUGUCAACAUUCGAAGGUCUAUUACCUUAUGGAAAUGCGAAGUGACAGCGAUGGGAUCAUCAGUUAAAAGGCUUACCUUCAAAAAAGUACUUCGUCCACUGGCUCUCUUGGCCGCUUCGCGGCCUAAAAUGCCCGCUCCGCAGAACUGAUUCAACUGCAUGUACUAUGUUUAUUUUAAUAAACAGUUGGUAAUAAAAAAUUAUUACAAAUUUUACAGCGAGCAAUAUCCACUGCCCGCAGUUAGCCCGCACGCUUCGAAACUCGCGAGGUUGAUACAUAGCAAGUCUAGCCAGCUCGCAUGAGAGCGAAGUUAAGUGAUUCAUAAAGAGACAAAAUAGAUCUUUAAUAUUAUCUACAUUCACGGGACACCUCUAAAUGAGGAGGGAAUGAAGCAAUGCCAGUUAAUCACCAAUUAACCUGCAAUCAGGCGUUCUUCCAAAGCUAAAUCCAACUAAAAGAAGUAAUUGACGAAAAAAUAAGACUGGAGUAGGUCGCUGAUAAGCUGGUUUGUUUGUUUUUUGUUUUUUAUCUUAUUGGUAAUCAGGAGCCCAUAGGCUCCUGGUAAUAGUUCGUAAUAGCCCACGUUCAAUAAAGAAAAAUUCUAACAUGAAUCCGAGGCUUUCUGGUUACAUUUCUAUAUUAGGUUUGGUUUUCUAUGUGCUCGUGUAAAAUUUGCAAUUUUUGUCCGUGUUAGAUAUCGAACGCAGCUACUAGUGCCAGUCCCUCCUGAGUGCUGAAUUUUCAAGAUGGCGUCGCUCUGUUAUUUUCUAGUUUCAUCCUAUCGUUCAGCACUUUUUACCCUUUGAACAAGUAACCUAGGCAGUAUUUCGAGCUUUUUGAUAUUUUCUCCAGCUGCUGAACAUACUUUACAGCGAAAUAUGGAAGAAAAUUCACGAAGAGGACUUAAAACAAACACGAAGGGAUCGGCCUGUUUGCAAGAAAAAGCUUGGAAACUAUAACAAAUGUGAGUUUUCUAAUUUCUUCCUGUUUCAAUGGCCCAAAAUGAUUAUUAGUGUUUUGGUUACAUGGAUGAUAGUAGACUGCAAUUUGACUGUCAGAGUUGUUCUGUCGUUUUAGUUGUGCGCUGUAGAUCAAUUCAAAAAUGCCCGAUUUUUUGCUCGUUUGCAGACACUGCGUUUAGGUCAGAUAAAAUAAGAAAAUUUUAGUCUUGUCCGUGGCUGCUUAACAAAUCUUAUGGUUUUAGAAAGUAGUUCUGUGAUGUAUUGUAUCGCAUGCGAAAAAUAAACCUCGCUCGUUAAAUUUUGAGGGUUCUGUGAGUUUCAGAAAAUGGUGAAAAUUUGCUUAUAAAAAUGGCGUCCGAGGGGGUCGAAUAAAGAGAUGCUCGUAUCUCUAAUACAAGAGCAGUGAAGAGCUUAUGUUUAUUAUAUUUGUCCAUUACUCCACCAGACCUAUCUGUGAUGUUAGUAUGAACUUAUUCUGUUGACCCCCUUCCGUUGACAUUUUUAACAUUUUGCCCGGUUUUCUCUGACAACCACUGUUAAACGGUAAACACUGAGAAGGGCAUCUGUAGCUACCUCCUGAAAUUCUAUCGUAGGAAAGGCGAGACGCAGUGGGGAGAACCAAUCAGAGUUUUGCGUUGUGAGAGCAACGCAUAAGGUCAAAAGCUUGGAUUUUGUCUGUAGUCCCUCAUUUUUCUCUCUCACCUCCGCUUCUCACCUUUUCUCGCGUGAGGUGAUUUUCACGCGCGCCCGCGUUUCGCUUGCUCUACUAUCUUUCAGGAAAUAUGAGGAAUACUGGUAGUCUACCGCCAAAUCAGCCUUUUGCGUCCAACUGUUUCUUCCGGCCAAAAGUAGCCAUCAUAAACGAGAUAUAAAAGUGAGUGCAACCAUUGCUUUUUUGCUUCUCCUCCUUUCCUUCACCCCUCGCUCUUUCUUUUUUUCUCCUUUCCAUGCCUUCGUUACUGUGAUUUUGGAGCUACUCUGGCUUAAGAAGCCUACCUUAAUGACUCCUUUUCACUCAAAUAAAAAAAAAAAUGAUUGGUUUCCAAAGAAUUCUGCUAAUCUUUGAAAAUGGCAGGUGAAGUUUCAGGCCCUUUGGCAUCAACGCUGCUCAUUUUGCAAAAUAUUCUAACCCGAUUUUCGAUAACGUUACCACCGAAUGGGCCGGCUUUUGCGUCCAACAGUUUUUUUCGGCCGAAAACCCGACUUUUGACGCCUGUGUGAAAGUGCACCCGUGAGUCACGUGCUGCUAUUCACAAGUUUCUUUGUGUCGAAGCAGCGUCGACUCUACUCUAUGCCAAGGAAACUACAACCGCUCAGCUGUGAAGGCAGUUUUGUUUUCCUGAUCGCUUGGUUAUUCUAAAUGAAGAUAGAAUACUUUCAAACGAUCAGGUAAAGGGAUUUUGCAGAAAUGCUAGAAAAUGUUCUGACUGCCGGGCGUUUAGUUUUUUUAAGACCCUCCCGCAGGUGCCGGGCAUAUAGCCACAGUGUUGUGAUCAUUACUGCCGCUCCUUGGUCCUUUCUAAUUAAAAUCAGCUAGUAAAGUGUUUUAAUUUAAAACACCUGAACUUAAGAAAAUAGAGCAAGUCUUAAUAUGUUCUUCAAUGCGUGAUCAACCUUAUAAGCUGAAAGGUGAUUGCAGAACGUUUCGGAUAUCUAGUUGCAAAAUUUGGCGUUUCUAAACCAUUUGUCUAUUUACAUACAGCUAUUUUGAGAAAGGUUGUCGGAAAAAGUGCACGCGACAAUCUCGAUGGUAUUGUGGGUGUUUUUGAGUUCACUGUUCUUCAAAGAAAUUUGAGAGAAUGGCACGAGAAGCCAUGGACAUAUGUUUGCUAGUGCUAAAGUAAGGUAACAAAAGUAGGUUCGACAGCUAUAGUGUCAGGAACAGUGAAUUGAUUGUAUCCCAUAUUACCUUUCAGGAUUCUCGCGUGCACAUUUUUUUCCGACAACCUUCCUCGAAAUAGCUGUAUGUAGUUUUAAACGCUGUACCUAGAAAUAUCACUGGUAACUACAAAAAGAAAUGUUGUCAUUCGUUGGCUAUAUAGGCUGUGGUGUUGUUAGUAUGUCUGACAGUCUCCACUCUAGCUCCGAUUCUUGCCAAUCUCGUGCAGGCCUACCAAGCCCAUUUUUAUGAUUUCAAUAUAAAGCUAAAAGGACCUCGAAUUAGAACUUCAUGGCGUUUUGAGGAUACCUAGAUCACCCCAUAAAUGAGAACCUUAAGGUCUUGACUCAGCCUCAGCUCAAAAGGUGAGGCUCCUAUCAAAAAAUAACAAUAAAUAUAUAAAGAAGUACUUUAGACACUGCAUACACAAUUAAUGACGUUUAUCAAAUCACACUCUACUCAGUAACAUAUCAUGCAAGCGCUCCCCUAAAAUUAAGAAGAACGUCCUCUCACUUAAAAAAUUAGUCAAAAAUAUUUUGUUUACAUGUGUGUUCGUGAUUCUAAUAUUUCAGUUUCAGGCCAAGUUAUGCCCUUCAUAAACUGCGGUUUCAUUUUGAGCACUUUAGUUAUUAGGUCAUAUCCAACUGGUGUCACUUUAAACAAACGUUGACAUGAACGUGAAAGCCUUUUACCAACAAGGCUCUAAGCUUUCCGUUUGGCACACUAACAGAAAAAACAAACAAUGGAACGCAACACUUGAGGAAUCUUUGGAGGGAGGGGAUGCCGGUGUUAGUAUAAACCACUGGAUUAAGAAAGAAACAAAGGGUGACUGUUUUUGCCUUCAAUUUAGAUAACAACUUUUGGGACCCGGUGACAAUCUGAAAUACCUCCUCCCAGAGUUUGCUUGGUUCCCCCUCGCAUUGUUAAGUCAGUACCAUCUCUGAACAGAUUGAUGGAUCCAACACGUAAAAAACUUGCGUGCUUUGAAUCUCAACUUCCCUUUGUUACUGGAAGCAGAAUGGUUGGCGAGUGCACUUUUUUGCUGUGCACCUUAUACAGUGCUCUUUCCCCAGAGGAUUGAAGGGUAACUUGCGUUAAGCAUUGCACUUUAUUACGGCAUGUCAAAAUAUUCCAGCGGGUUCCCUUUACCUUGGCUGAACUGUACAUGUUUCAGAGCCCGCGCUCCCUGCUUUUUUGAUAAUUUCUGAAGUAUUAAUUUACAGCUUUUGAUUAUAUUGGAACAAGGACCCGAGAGAGUGAGAGAGUGAAUAUUUUUUUCUAAGUUAAAUUAUGAGGCAGGAACUGAAUAAUUAAAACUAGUGACAUCCGAUAUUGAACUGCAAGCUUGCUAGCUAAGGUAAUAUUUUUGUUCAGGUUUCAAAUACCAUCCCCAGUGCUGCCCAUAAAACCGGAACAAAACUGAAUGCAGGGCUGGCAGUACGGUAAAGGGCUGUUUUAUUUGAGUUCAAUAUUUCGGCUAACAAAAUUAGCCUUCCUCAGGGGGGUGGUGGGGGUUAACUCAACAAAUGUUUAUAUAUACGGGGAGAUACGGAGAGGCUCCACCCCAAGGUCUAACCCCUUACCCUUUAUACACCAUUUUUCACGAGAAGUUACUCAUUUCGCAUACCCUCUAUUGACAAAUCAGGUGACCGUUUCACGUACCUUGAUUAGAAUUUUGCAUCCCUUUCCAGACAGGUAACUAAUUAUACAAUAAAGUGGUUGAUAACGUACAGUUCAAGUUCGUCCUUGGGGUUUAAACCAUGAUCUGGUGUACGAGUUUCCCUCGGCUCCAUUUAUGAGGUAAGCUUCUCUUGCUUUACGGCGUGACAUGCUGGGUGUAGGUUGAAGUUCAAAAGAAAUAAGUUCUAUGUCUGUUAUUGAGUGGCCAGGAUGGUUGAAGUGCGAUGGGACUGUAGCUGUUGCGUUAGCGUGGAGUGGAUUGUUUUGGUAACCGAAAUAUUGGCCUCAAAUAAAACAGCCAUUUGCCGCAUUAAUUACCAGACUUGCAUUCAGUUUUGUUCUAAUUCCCACUUCAAGUGGCGUCUGGCAUUGGCAUCUCUACAUUAGAGAUCCGGCAAGAAAGAACUAGUCGGUUUUAUUUACGCGUUGAGUGGACCUCUGCAUCAAAGGUUUAUAAAAUCGGGUAAGUGAUAUCCAAAUAUCACUAAAGGUAGACUAUAUAUCCAAAUAAUCCGGUAUCCUCUGAUGAUAUCAUUUUCACGAAUAUGCUUGUAUACCUAGUUUGAGAGUAAACCAUACUGUUUAAUUACGACAGCUACUAAUUUGAGUUUUUAAAUCGCAGAGCCCAACUUUUUUGCACUGAGUACAUCCAUCGAGACCCUCCAGUUAAGAACAAAAGCGGUUGCCUUAUGAGUACUUAACUUCGCAAUGUUGGCAACACAGUAUUUCGCAGGGUUAUAUUUUCGCGAUUUCAAAGGAAAAAACGAAAAAAGGCAUUAAAUUUCGCAUUUUAAGCGUUCUCAACUUUAUUUUGUUUUUCAAAAAGUUAUAAUUAUGUUUCUUUAAAAAUUUUCUUUAAAAACUGGAACAAGUAAUGUGUGAAAUCUCACAACUGAAGAGACAAAAUGAACUUGCUAGAAACAAUUGUGCUUUUGUCGAUACAUAUCCUAUUUACCUGUUGAAAUUUUAAUUUCCUGUGAUUUGAAUUUUCUAUAUGGGUACUGAUCCAAGGACUAGACCACCUGCUACUUAUGACGUCAUAUCUCUUAACCAUAGUAACUGACCAUCACCAAACUUGUCUCAAAAUGCUCGCGAGGGAUAAACGAACAGCUACUGAAAACUUCAGGUGCUGAUGUUUUACCGUGUAGGAAAAAAAAUUCAGAACCUUCACCCCCCCCCCCUAAUCCCCAUCUCGGAAAUUGGAUUGGAAUAGUUUUUUAUAUUUCACUAUUGAUGAAAAAAAUUGAGGAGAGCCGACAAAACAACAGCGAAAGAGGAAAAAAGCAGAACGAGACGUAGGCUUGCACUUUUUAUCAGAGACAAGCUUCAGCUAAGCUUUAAUAAGCUUAUAUGCUUCUGUUUAUUUUUAAACCGGUUAUUUCACCCAAAAUUGUUCAUUUUUAUUUGUACAUCCAGAAAAAAAGUUAUUAUUACUUUUAAUUCCUACUUCAUGUCCUUACUCAUAUUAUAACUUUUACCAAGCGUUUUUUUAAUACAAACAAUAUAAGCUUACUUCGUUUUCUUUGUCAUUUCGCGGUGUGUAUACAUAGCGGCAUAUUUUGCCAUCUUAGGAUUUUGUCAAAGAUUUGAAAUAAAAGGCUGGCAAAAUGAUACAUGUCUCAAUAUGUAUAUAAUAAACACAAUUGCACACGGAAAGUUUUUGUACGUACUUUCCAUGAAGUAUUCUAUAUUUAUUUAGCUUAUGGCGAUAUUUCAUUUCUGUUUUAACUUCACAUAACUGAAAUUGGUGCUACAUACGUAAUAAGAUGUAACUUUAAAAUAUGAGAGAAAUAAAAUGUGCGAGCUGGGAAGCUAAAUAAACUAUAUGGUUUUCUCGUUUGCUCCCCACCCAAUUAAAGUCGGUUUGUAAGCAGGUGAAAACAGAACAAAAAGGAAUAGAUAAAUAAAUUAAUAAAUUAGAUGAAUAAAUAAUUGCGUAACUGAGUAACAGAAAGCAAAAACUAAGGGCACGCAAACCCGCCCAUCCCCACCCACCCCUCAGCCCGAAAAGGAAGAACUUCUGUGUCUUUUUUACGUUUUCCUUAAUUUUCCGUGGGGUGCUAAUAAAUAAUUUUAUUUCUGUCCUUCACAGUACAUAAUGUUUGAGUAAUUUGGGAAAUGCGAAAGUGCUUGAGUCUUUUAUUGUAGAGGGAUGGUCUUUCCAAAUAUCUCUAGCGAUGAAAGAGAGUGAUUGUUUUACUACAUUAGUUCGCACUCCAAACUUAUAAAGAUUCUGUUUAGCUGCAUAUGUGGUGUCGUAUCCAUUUAUAUUACUGCCAUAUUGAAACAUCUCAUUAAAUACUCCAGGUAUACUGCAGGCCUUUAUGCCACGAAUAAAUGAAUUUUAAAACAUGAAGGUGAUUAUUAUCGACUGUUAAAAUUCUUAUCAAAUGCUAACGUGCAUUCUUAGCCUCUAAUUCCAAAGAUAUGCAAGCCUCUAACUCAACUUGUUUUUCUCUCUGGAAGUAUUUUUUUAAGAAGACAUCUUCCAUUUUUAAGUGCAGGGGCGUUAAAGAUUUAGAGACAAAGUUUUGAAUAAUUGAUGCUGCAGACAUAAACAAGCUAAAUUAGCAAUGUCAAAACAAAAAGACUUGAAGAGAUUCUACGUGGCAUGGCUUCAUUCAAAAGUGGCCACUAAAAUUAUUAUUGGUCAUUAUUCUUCCAUAGAGUGAGAGCGACGCUGCCAAACUUCGCAAGCCCAGCAAUCCAGUUUCUGAAACCAACUAACUCAUAAAAUAAAACUUCAAGGAAGACUUGGUACUUUACAGUUUCCUACAAAAUUCUGGUGAGUAAGGACCAGCUAAAAAAUAAAAUAAAAUAAAAAUAAAUUAACUGAGGAGCAGGUUUCAUGAACCACAGUAUUUUGUAUAGCAAACACAAAGGUUGGAAACCAUAUUUGAUUAAUGAAAUAAAACCAUGUGUAAAGGUGGCGCAUCGGAAUAGUAUCACGGACCAUAGGAUUUGAUCCAUAGCGAGUCUCAAAAGUUAGACCUACAAAUUAAGUAAAUAGCACCACGUGAAAGUUCUGCUGAAGAGGUUUCAAUUGAAUGGUAACAUCAUAGGAUUCCAUACACAGACACAAAAGUUAGAACUACAUACUAAAUAAAUAGCACCAUUUGAAAGUACUGCUAAAGAGGUUUCGUUUGCAUGCAGACUCAAAAGUUAGACCUACAUAUUAAGUAAAUAGCACCAUGUAAAAGUAUCGCUAAAGAGGUUUUACAAAUUUGCCUGAUGAUUUUGCUCCCAGAAACAGAGUCUAUAGAGGGACCUAUUGGUUCCUGAACUUUGCAAAAGACUGCUGAAUUUUAAAGAUUUCAAGUGACCACACCCACACGCAAUUAAGUUCGUUCACAAGAUAGCCGUUGAAAUAUUAUACAACUAUCUAAGGGGAGGUGAAUAGUGCUGGUAGUAUUAUUUAGUGCGUUCACCGACACUGAAAGGGCGAUAUUUGUUCAGUUUAGUAUUUACCAAAUCAGUUGGAUAAAAAUGAAAAAAGUAACUUUUUGCAAAUUAAAAACGUCACUUAGUUAAGGAACUAUAUCUACAAUUCACAAACAUUUACGAUAUUUUUUCAAGUGCAUUUUUACGCUUUUGUUGCAAAUUCAGCAUGAAAAUAAUUUCUACCUACCGGUAAACACCGACAAGCCAAAGUUAGUCGCUUUCUUGGUAUUUGUUUGUACGACUGAUUCAUUUAUCAUUUAAAUUUCGUGUUCCGAAAAUGUCUCGAAGCGAGACGCCAUCUUGGCUCCGGUCGCAAAACAGUGAAUAGCAAAGGAUAUUCCGAGUUACGGGAGCCAAUCAAAACGCGCGGAAAAGUGCUAUUCACCAAUUUGGUAAUUAAGUACAAUUCAAAAUCUUAAACGUCGAUAAAACGGCUUCCAAAUGGUUUUAGAAGUGAAGAAACAGCAAAAAUAAAAAACAAAAACAAAAACACAAGGUGCGUCAUUUUUAUUUCUAUUUGGAAUUUAGGACGUAUUUUGAUCAUUUUGAUACCCCUAGUUCUCUUAUAAAGUCUCAACGAACUCCCUCAGAGUUUGGGCCGCCUGCGUCUUAUCUUCGAUCUAUGCGCUGUAUAAGACACCUGCCGGUGCAGAAAUGAACAAGACAGUCAAGAUUUCAGUUGGGAUCGAAAUUAAAAGUUCUUAGUUUUAAGAGUAUCCUAGUUCUUAAGUUAAAAAAUUUUCUCAAAGGGUUUGUACUUAACCUUUUUUCAGAAAGUGAGAGCUUUUGGAAUCGUAAAUGGCCUAUUGUAUUGUUUGGUCAACCGACAUCGCCGCCUUCAAGCUUUUCACAAACCAACCAAACCAAACCAAACCAAACCAAACAACCCUUCCUUUUUAGAUAGCACUCGUUUGCGAGAGCCGAAUAUUUAUUCAAAGUUAAAUUUUGAAGCAGGAACUGAAUAAAACUACUGAUACCCAACAUUGAGUUUCAUAAAAUGAACUGCAAGCUUGCUAAGUAUAUAUUUUGGUUCAGGUUUCAAGUAACAAUUUCAAGAAUCGUUGGUCACGAUUAUUUUGAAGAGAGAAAGGAAAAUAACUCACAAAAAUAGUCGCGCUAUUAAACCCGCAAUUACAAACAGUACAAAGUCACCAACUUCGUAAAACGAGUCGAGUUUCCGCCACAUCCUUUAAUUUACAGCCGUACUCCCUUAGGGCUGUCUAUAAAAGCAGUCGGCAAGUUAUAUCCAAAAAUUACCAAGAAAGACUAUUCUAAAUAUUCCGCUACCCUUUGAGAAUAUUUUUCAUGAACUAGACGAUUUAUCCUGCUUCGUUACAACAGCUAUUUUAUUGAAUUUGAGUUUCGAAAUCGCAGAGCCCAACAUUUUGGGGCUGAGUACAUUCAUCGAAACCCUUCAGUUAAGAGCAAAGCCGUUAUAUGUGAACAUGGGGUUUAUGUGACGAAAAUUUGCAAAAUAUAGAUGCAUAAUUCGAUUUGUUUGAAAUGCUAAUUCGUGAAGUAUUUUGAAGAUGGACAACGUAUCGCGUCCAGCUAAAGAAAUCAAACUUUUUUGUACGUUUUAGAAACGGAAAUAUAAAUAUUAUUUAAACGUUGAAAUUCUCAGCGACUUUUUUCCGAAAUGUUUUCUUCAAAAAGAGAUGCAGGCCUCUAACUCACCUUGACACAUUUUCUAUUUUUUUUUUUUCAAAACCGUUUCCCACUUGUUUUUGUGUUUAACUUUCUAAGACUGCAACACGAUGCAGAAAACGAAAGAGGAAAUUCAAUCUUUGAGUGCAGAAGCGUUAAUGACUUCCAAUCAAAUUUUAGAGAAAAUUAGGUUUUGAAUAAUUGAUGCUGCAGUCAUUAACAAGUUAAACAAUUUCAAAACCUGAGAAAGCAUUGAAGAAAUUAUACGUGGCUUUAUUCACCAAGUGGCCACUAAAAUUGUUCCAAAGAGUGAGAUGCAUAUGGAUGCUGCCAAGAUUUGCAAGCCCAGCAAUCCAGUUUGUAAAAUCAACUAAUUAACUCCAUGGCCAAUUUAAAAAAAACUUCGAGAAUGACUUGAUACAUUACCUUUUCUAAAAUUUUCUGAUGAAAUAGUAUGCUAAUAAUAAUGAUAAUAAUAAUAACAAUAAUAAUAAUAAUAAUAAUAAUAAUAAUAAUAAUAAUAAUAAUAAUAACUGAGGAGCGGGUUUCAUUAUAGCCACUUCUAAUUAGUCAUUAGAAACUACCAUGCGGUGAGAUUAAUAAAUAGAAACAUGUGGAAUUCCCACAGAAAAUGUCUCAUUUGUAUAUAGUUACCACCUAGGAUUUCAGCUGAUUUCAUUCACACCGACUCCAAAGUUAAAAAUGUUACUGCAUAUGUUUAAGUAAAUGGCACCAUGUGAAAGUGUUUUUGGAAGAGGUUUCACAAAUUUGUCGGAUUAAUAAAAUGGAUCGCUAAUAUAGAAAAUUUGAUCAUGAGUCCUUGGCUUAGCUUUGGACCAAAAGCGCAAAAAUCGUCAUCAAAAGAGAAAUGGCUAGGUUAUUACUUGAGUCUUACUAGCUAGGUUAUUGUCAUCGGUCAGAUAGAUGGACGUACCAUCCGUAUUAAUUAUUUGCUUAGAAUGUAGCUACUAUUCAUGAAAUUUUUUUUUUUCAGUUCUGUCAAAAUGACGGCGAGUUACACCAUUAGUAUUGCAUUCCUUUUUAUGCUGAGUCAAACAUUCACUGAAACACUCUCUCAACAAUGCAUCAAUGGUGGGUCAGAGAAAUCCAUCUCUGGCUGGAGGCUGCAAAACCACGUCUACAAGACGCUAAAGGCAAACUUUGGAUAUGAGUUCGUACUUAUUUGUCGUCAGGAAACCAGGUGCCAAAGUUUCAAUUGGGUGAUCUCUCUUAAUAUGUGUGAGUUCAGCGACAGAACCAAAGAAGCCAGACCUGAGGAUUUUGUUCCCGAUCCAGACAGAUAUUACUACAGGCGAGACAUGAAUCGAGGUGAAGUUUAUGUUAGUUAAGAUCUCUCAGUAUUGAAAGAAUUUUUAAGGUGCCCCAGUGCAAUUUUCGUGGCAUCAUACCCGGAGACAUCUAAAUUUCAGUCAUCAUUUCCAGGAAAUAUUUAUGUUAAUUUGUUAGAAAAAUUGACAACUUAACUGAUCAAUAACACACGACAAAAAAAGCUGUGCGUUUUAUGAAAGAGGUACUAUGUAUGCUCGAAACUUUCAUGUCCAGCCAGAAAAUAUGACAACAUUUUGCGCGAUUGAGACCUUGUAACGAAAAUUAAUUAUCGGCAUCCUUAUUAUUGGGUGUUUCUUCAGUGUCGCGGAAACCAUUGUUGGUUCGCUUCUGUGGGUAGUGUCUAAUAAUUCUUUUCUAUAGUAUUACGUCGUUUAGUGAUUGCACCAAUCCGCAACACCAAGAAACCACCUUAUUUGGCAGGUUGUUCUGAAAGAAAAAUUUGUGUGUUUACUUUUAGACUUAGUAACUUCUCCUCAUUGUUUUGUAGUUUUCUACUUUGUUAAAAAUCGGUGCCGCUGCUGCUGUCCCGCGAUAAGAUACUCCGGUCAGUCGUCUACUUCGUCUCUCACAUUAUGAUCAUUCAUGGUUUUUAUAGUGGAGCACCAUGCGUAAGAAAAAAUGGUAACCCAUAGAUGCGAGAGAUUUGGUAAACGUGUGAAAACACGUCUGUCUGCCCCCUACAUGUAAGCCGGAAUGAAGUUUUCAUUCAAGCAACCCCGCGUUUUGGCAGCACUUCAGUAAAUCCCAUGGCCACCCGGACUGUUAGAGAGAAAACGACAACAAACUUAAGCCGAGUCCUUUUUUUUCUGACUAAAUCUUAAUUAUGUCUACACUGACGUGGAUAACAGAGAAAGAGCUAGAGCGAGAGAUAAAAAACAAAGAAGACGAAUUUCGUUGAAAGAACAGGAUGAAAAUUAUGUAGUGGCGGUGAGAAAAUGAGAAAUGCUAGCGACCAGUAAGGUGAAAAUGAGCAGCAGUGAAGAAAAAAGAAAAUUAAGAAAAAAACUAUUUGUGAACACAUACGACAUUUCCUCCAUAAAACGUGUAACAACGGCAAAGAAAUGUAGAAGGAAGUAUAAUUAUGCUGCACGUGCAUAGUUGUUGUUUUGCUACUAAAUCCAAUUAAUUUUUUGCUCUUCUCGUUGUCUUCGCCGUUUAGCAUUAUAUUAUUUUUGAUAAAUACGCAAUAACAUUUCACACACUUGACAUUUUAAUAGUUUAUGUAAGAAUGGCUCAAGGUUUGUUUGCAGAUUAUUUUUCCCGUAAAUCACCCAGUCCUUCCACUGUAUCAAAUAUUAAGCACAGAAUUGAAAAAAAUUUCUUCAUAGUGGUUUCAAGUUUAUUUCUUUAUUUUAUUUUUAGCAUUUUUUUUUUUUCGUUUGAGUAAAUUAUAACUUUAUUUACGAGAGCUUCGUUUUUUGCCUUGGCUAAAUCUUUAUUCUAGAAUUACCUCGCCUAAGAACAAGUGCAGUUCCCUCGAACGGACCAGUUUCUUCAUUCAAUGGUCGUCUAGAUAGCCGACAAUUUUCGUUUACCCUGGGUACAUCGCCAGAUAACUUGGUCAAAAAUAUUUGCUAGGGCGAAUAGAUGCCACUGGUCGCUAAUUAUUGAUUAUUUUCAAGAUCGUUUGUGCGUGUAUAUUAAAUAAAUUUGAGGAAGGGCGCUAUAGAAUUCUUUGAAAAAACUUCACCAAACGUGCAUAUUAUUGAUGUCUCAAAUGUUUCUACCAAUUAUCAUCGAUUCGAUGCUGACAAUUUAAUUUCAGAAUAAUCAUUAUAUAAUUAAAUGGAACAUUUUACUCUUUAGUUCCUCUUGGAUCCACUCCUGAGCUUCCAGCUGAAACAUGUAAAGAAAUCAAAGAAAGUGAAGGGGAGGCAAAGAGCAAGAAGUACUGGCUGAGUACCAUUAAACCUGGUAUCCCUUUGCUCGCUUAUUGCGAUAUGAAGACUGAAGGUAAUAUAAUUAUAUAGCCUGAGAAAUGAUAUAUCGACUCCGAAAUGAUCCCCAAUUUUUUUUGCUUCGACCCCGAAUUAAUUAUAUCUUGACUAUCAUUAAUUAUCAUUUGGGGAUUGCAUUUUCUUAUUUAAUUUCUUAUUUGUUUACUUAUUUAUUUAUUUAUUUAUUUAAGUAACAUGUCAUUUUGGUCCUUGAGUAAGGCGGUUUCCAUAUUAUAACCUUAGCGGUAACCGAUGACGGCAAAGGUUGGAUAGAAGCCAAAAUUCAUCAUGUGGUUCUGUUUUUCAUCAAACAAAUCCGGCUCAGUCAGUUUUUACACAAAUUGAAGGUUGCUGACAAGUCAAGUAGGUUGCAGAAUUCACAUGACUUAAGCCAUUACGCUUGACAAAUCCUUUCUUCCUUUUUUCCAAGAACAGACCAGACGUAAUUGACUUAGUUGAUGCAUGAUACGGGUAGUAACAGGCAACAGCAUAUCCAGGGACCUGACCAAUUAUGAUUUCGGCAUUGAGUCGAGAGAGUGCAAGAUUUCUUGUUAGACUUCUGAAUAAGAGCAUGCUCAUUCUCUUCCGUAAAGGAGCUGGAAGCCCGGGGCUGGAAGUUACUAACCAGUUGAGUGUUAUCAAGAACUCUUAAAAUAUCAACCAGCAUGAGAUCAUCCAGGAGUGCACCACAGGCGAUUUAACUGAGAUAGCGUCAAUGCCUGCGUCAAUGUCGGUCACAACAAAGCCAUUGAAUCUUUCUCACACAAAACUGCCAGUAUCAUUGCCAACUUAUCAGGAGAACUCAUUUGUCUUUGCUACAUGCAAUAGCUUUUCAUAUGCAGCCAUUCCUUGUUGUAUCUCUCUUUUUUUCUCUCUUUUAUGAUCUUCCAUAACCCAGUUGUCUCUGUACUGUUAACCCCACACCUGACUCAAGAUUUGUUUAUGCUGUAAAGAUAUUAUUUAUUUCGCGUGCUAAAGUGUUUAAAGUGCUACUACGAUCAAAUCUUUGACUACCAUAUUUUUUGGCUAGAUUGGCAGUUUAGUACUUGAAGUACAUGGUGUGCAAAUUAUAGCUUCAUACGAUUAAGGAAAGUGGUAUUUUUUGGCGCUCAAAAACCAUUAAUUUUCGUCCGCCAUUUAAACGCUAUGUUCCUGUGGCCUGGUUACCAAGAACUCAAGGCAAUUGCUUUGUGACGUCAUUUACUUAACGCAGUACACACAGCAUGAGAAUUUUUUCUUCCAAGAACCCUGCUCAACAAUGUUCCCUUUCCUCCCACUUCGAUGCGUUCUUGUUUAGGAAGACUCUUUCGAUCUUACUACAUUAGACUCCGUAUGUGUGCAGCAACCGCUUCAAUCGUAGAAUUGAGCUGCACGCGAGUCUGACCAACUGAAUGUGAGAUUCGAGGAAUAGGUUUGUUUCCAGCUGACAGUUUCGCUGUUUUCUCGGUUUGAUAUUAAACUUCGAAGAGUGCUGCAAUAGCAUUUACGGGGCUUUCAGCGGAAACCAGUGGCGGCAAAUUAAACUUGGAUCGUUUGCUAUGGAAGAAGGAUCAAUCGACAGAUCUUGAAUCCGGAAAGAAAUCUUCGCAUAAAGAGAGAGCGCAUGGAGGUAAGCUUACAGUUCGCAAAACUUGCAGUGAAUGUCCCCAACGCUAAGUUUAUUUAUAUCGCCGGUGGUGAUUUUUGCUUUUACUACUGGCGAAGUCAUCGAAGAUAAAUUUUUUCUUAGACCUUUCUUCGACUGGAACGGGACGACUACGAAACUUUUAGCAAACUUUCAAAAAGAUUUGCCCUAAGGCAACAGAUCACAGAGAGCCCUCUAGUUUUGUAAACACUAUUAUUGCUCACACCUUGCUCUUAUGGUGUACUAUUUUUUCUGUUACCACUAUUAACAUUCCUUUGAGCUUUUAUAAAAAGCUUUAAGGCUCUAUUUGUUAAUUUUUAUUAUAAAAUAUUAAAAUCUAUCAGGAUCAUGGUGCAAUCUGAAUGGUAUGAUAUUUUAAUAUACAGUAAAUUCCUUAGUAUUUCCAACAUUCUGGUCGCCAUAACCCUCACUAAACAAAAGGUAUGCUUUUUUUCAAUUUUAGUCCUCCCAAAACUCAGAGCCUGAUUUAAACUGCAAAGACACAUUGUCAGUUCAAACCACAAGCUAAAGCAAGAGAACCCACACAAGUUUAUUGCAAGAACUGUUUUUGCAAUUUUGUAAAAUACAGCAAGAAUUAUUACCAUUUACUGAUGUGGUCUUUAAAAUAAAAUUGUGCUCCCAUCUUGGAUGUUGUGUAUUGUUAUUCUUUUGAGUGAAUAACGAAAAGUUUUGCAAUCUCGCAUUGAAUACUUAUAAUAAUUAUAAUUGUAGUAUAUCAUAAUUUGAGAUGUAAACUCCAACACAGGGGCACUCAUGCACUGAAUCACUGAAGUGAUGUGACUGACAGAUUACAAGUUAAAAAUGAAUAAUCACCAAGGCUUGGUCACUGAAAUAUUUACUGCAAGUGAGGGUUAUGUACAUGUAUGAGAUAGUUUCAUGGCCCCUGCUCAUCACUGCUGCUUUAUGUUUCACUACUCAAGGUUGUGCUCUACCAGCACCCAUGGCCCGUGGUGCUUAACUAUUGUUGCGGGGCAACUAGGAAUUUUUUUCAUAGAAAUCAUGUGCUGUGCACCCAGGAUUUCACGGGUCCGGAGCACUGGGCUCCUUUCAAUUUUUCUUAGAGCACAGCCUUGGUACUUCAAAAAGCUUGGUGUAUCUUUUAAUAUGGGAUAGACUAAUGUUAUUCCUAUAAAUGAGGAAGCUUCAUGGCCCCUUACCACAUACAAAGACACUGUCCACCCUACUGUAACAAUUGAUCUGCACACUUGUUGAUCACAAGAUAACUGUGAGGCCCCAGCUAAGAACCUGGAGGACAAGUUUAGGUCUUACGUACCGUGUGCAAUAUACAAAUCCAUUAUUUUUCAGUCAUACCAGUGAUUACAAUAAACAAGCCAAGGGCUGUAAUACUGUUUAAAGGCUGCAAUUUUAUUGUUCUUUGUUGCCUGAUUUAGCAUAGUCUAUUUUGGGGGCAUUAUAUAGCCUGAGCCAAGCUAGGGCAGGGCCCACGCAGGACAAAGGGGCUUCCCCACUUUUUGAAAAAUAAAUAAAUAAAAUUAAGUACAGUGGAACCUUGAUAUAACGAAGGGCCAAGGGACUGGCAAAAUAUGCUUAUUAUAACGAGGUUUGUUAACUUUUAUCGAGGUUCCUUUUCAUAUUGCCUUAUAUUUUACUAUUACUGGAGUAAAAAAAAAAUAGUUUGUUAGGCCGAGGACUUCGUUAUAGAGGUUCCAUUGUAAUAUACAUUUUCAUAUGAAUAGUAUCUUUGUUGGAAUAAGAAUCUUCCAGCAUCUAAAUUUAUUAUUGGUCCGUUUUGAUCCCAUUAGUCUGAUGCGUGGUAAGCCUCAAAAAGUCAAUCAUCCUAGAUUUCUGCAUUUUCAAACCAGCAAAGCUAUGUAGCAUUUGCAACAAUGCGGAAUAGUCUUUUUUGAUGAAGGUUCUUGAUUAAAUCUGAAGACUACUCCAUGAACUACGGUUUCUUAAAACGAAUUAUAUCAGCUGAUGAUGUGGUCUCAGGCACAUUUCAAUGACAUGCUAGACAAAAUGAAGGCAUUACAGGAACCUACAGUGUAAUAUCAUGAUCUGCAAACUUAGCUUCUAGUGGUGGAUUCAGCAUGUACAAUCACGCUCAGCAGGAGAAAGGUACUUUUCAGCGGCUUGAAAUUUAUGAACAUGACUCUGCUCAACAAUGACUCAAGAAAGGUUCAGUAAUCUGACAGUCGUAAACAGCCACAAAGAGAGAACAGCCAAAUUUACUCUCUCACUAGUUAGCACAGUAGUUAAUGUGGACAACAACCACUUUGCUGUGUUUCAAGUCAGAAAUUCCUAUAUAUUCUUAAUCCAGCUUUACAGACACUGGUUGCCCAGGCACUUUCUAUUUUUCUUGUCACAAUGAUGUACCAAUUGUAGACAUUGUACCAAGUUCACGGGUUAAUAAGAUUUUAUUACCAAAACAUCUUUCUUUCUUCCCCUGUUUGUAGUCCUUUGAUAAAUUUUCUGCCUCCUACUCAACAAGUUUCACGUCCUUGGCUUUUUGCUACAGUCAUUGUUCCUACCCUUCUUCCUCCUUGUUCCUUUAUGCUAUAUAUCAAAUAAAUCACGUGUCUGUGACUUUUUCCAGAGAGUUAACUUAAUAUGGACACCCAGAUAAUACGGACACCCAGAUAAUAUAGACAUCAUAUUAAACACGUCUGUAUUAACCUUUCCACUGUAUAUAUUUUCUUGUCUAGCCAAAGCUUCAAAGCUGGUCCCAGUAAAGAGAGCAUCCAAAAAAUGCACACCUGGGUUUGAAUAAUAAAUAAAUUAAAAAAAAAAAACGUCACAUACAACAAUUUCAUAAAGUUAUCUAUAAAAGUUAUGGGAAUACAAGGGGAUAUCAUUGACAAUAGUUGGAUGAAGUAAAAUCUCUGAAUUUUUAUUAGCGUUGCAAUUUAUAAGUUGCAAUAAUGACCUGCAGUCAAUCGACAGGGAAGGCAUAGGCAGACACAGCCUUUUCAAAAGAACAUGAGCUACAAAGAAUGUGACAGGCUUUAAUGUCAGCACUGAAAAUUAUUAAAUUGAUAUACCAAAUCAAGAGCGACCGAUCCCCUUAUUUAUCUAUUUAUAUUGAAAAUGAGUAAAUUAACUUUUCUGACAAAGAGAACUUAACAUUAGAUCUAAUUUUAAAAUCUUCAGCUCAUAUACGCAACACUAAAGUAACAAUUAAAUUUUCAAUAAUAAAGGACAGCAGUCCGUUUAAGAUGGUAAAAAAAAAACACAUGCAUAUGACAACGAGCUGGCUGCUUUAGAACUGAAACUUUAACAGCCGAACUGAAAACUGUACCCACUCUGAUUCGCUGUGCCUGAAGAGCUAUAAAGCAAAACUUUAUCUACACUUGGAUAAAUGAGCACUCGAGCGUGGCUAGAAGGCAGGUGAAAUUGGUGCGGACUCUCGAUCGUCUUGCCUGUGUAUUAUUAUUAUAGCUAGUACGUAUACAAAUACACCUACCAGUAGUUCGAAUCUCCGUCGGCACAAACUGCAUAAAAUACGACUUGGUGAAGUGUGUUUUUUUUUCCUUCUCUGAGGCUAGCUGCCCUUAGUAUUUGACUUUCUCAUAUUCAGUCGGUGCUGGUUCUACAGAGUCAUCGUAAUCUACGAUUUCCUCCUUCACAAUUCCAGAAUCGGGCGAAGACGAGCCAAGCUUUGAGAAUCGCUCGCUGUUUUCUCACGGUUCAGGUUUGUUUUCCUGGCGUGUUCAGAAAAUGACGUCACAAUCAGAGAACAAUAGCGUUGUGACUGGAACAUAAAUCUGUAAUGACGGACGCGAAAAACCUACAUUUUCAAGCUCAAUAUUUUCACUUAGAGGGCGCCAAAGUUCAUUUCAAUGACCGAAACAGGUACAGCCACUUCUGAUAAGCUGAAAAGAAAGCGUUUUUGUGACAAACUUGACAUUAAAUUUUGAUCGUAGUAGCACUUUAAAAAAAGUUUAUUGAGGGGGGUAUACUUGUGCGUGUGUUGCUCUUUUUUUUACCCAGAUAUCGACGAAUGUACUGCCUCUUCUCCCAUAUGUGACGUCAAUGCUCAAUGCUCGAAUGCUCUUGGGUCUUAUAGCUGCAGAUGCAAAGUUGGUUUUUCUGGAAACGGCAAAACUUGCAAAGGUUUGUGAAGGCUUGUGUGGUAGGAAGCUUGAGCCAUACUUUGGAAAAUUUUACCUUGCGGUGAACUAUUUAUUUUCGCUGUAAUAAUCGUUGAUGCUAACAACAUACUUGCAAUGUCCUUUCGCAUGCGAAAAAAUGCGUAGCAUAAAGGUGAAAUAAUGGCGUCGUCAAUUUUGACCAUGUGUGUUGCAAAAUACUUUUAUAUUUACAAACAAUUGUUUAUUUUCAGACAUAAAUGAGUGCACUACUAAUUCUCAUACCUGUGACGUCAACGCUGUUUGUCAAAAUACCGUGGGCUCACACACGUGUUCAUGUAAAGCUGGUUAUGGGGGAAAUGGGAACACAUGUCACGGUAAGAUGAGAGGGUCUCAAUGUUUCCCAAUUUGGACGGUUCACUGUUAAAUUUUAGGGCUUCUUACGGUUGACGGUUAUAGAGUGGAAACUUAAUCCAAGAGUUUAAGAAAAUAAUAAGUUCUGUAUAGAUUAACAGUAACUGUUGUGUAUUGGAGGCUCUUUCACUUAUUGCUGGUUUUCAGUGUCGUGCCAUUCUAAAUAGAUCAAAAUAAAAAUCAAAACCGUUCAAUAGAUAAAGUCCAGAAUCUGGGAAAUGAAAGGAGGUACAUAUACAAAGACCCUAGCCAAGAUUCAGGUCAGAGGAAUUUUUCGUAUACGAGAUAUCCGAAGAAACGUUUUAACCAAACUUAUAGAGAUUUGUAUGGAGACGCCAUGUUGGUGCUCACCUGGAUGAGCUCCAACAUGGCGGACGGAAACCAACAGAAACAUCUGUUACCGAGUUUUGCUACAAAAGCGUGAAUUUAUUUUUCGAGAAGCUCAUAAACACUAAAGUAACUCUUUUUCUAAUACAUGAACUGUUGGAUGGCAAAAUUUCCUGAAAUUAAACCUACAUGACAGCUCUCUUGGCCGUCAUGUGAAUGCCGCGUCACCUAAAACUUAGAAAUUCAAGCGUACUCUAUCACAAAACCAAGAACCCUUUUGAAGCGAAAAUUUGUAUGAAAAUUAUUUUUCAGCUGCUCUAAUGCACCGUGAAAGUAAAAUCUCGGUAGGGUCGACAGUUUUUUAGUUUGCAUUUUCGUGACGUCAUGUAAAAACCAACAAUAAAAUUUCUAAAAAAAUUUCAGUAAGCAAGUAAUAAGGUCUUGUCAGUGUAAGAUCUAGAGAGAGUGGUUUUGAGAACAUGGGAACUCGUUUUUGGACAUUUUUCAAGAGCCAGACGUCCGUGAAGAUCAGCUGAAAUAGUGACAUUUGAAAUACUCGUUAAAUCUUUUUGACCGUUGACGGUAAAAACAUUACCUUUUUCGACGGCUCAAACGGCUAGAUUUCAGGCCGUAUGCGCACGUGACGGCUGACGGCAAACCCCAUGGAGACACUCUAAGAACGGUUUCAAAUAAAUGCCGAAAAAGAGACUGGCGACCAUUCUGAGCCCUCAUCACUGUUCUGUACGAUGUAGUAGAGUGGGCUCAGAAUUACCAAGUUCCCUCUCACCAUUCAAAAACAAAGAAUAUUUGGCUAAUAAACAAUUGUUGUUUACUUCGACAAUAGUUGCUAUGGAAAGGGAUAACACUCUUUUUCUAUAUAUACAGCCAAUUGCAAAAAAGGUGCCAUAGAAAAAUGAAAAAAGCAAAGGCCAAAUAGGAAUUAAUUCGGCUUAAAAGAAUAGUAAUGAAUCCAUUUGCAGCAUCCGCACAUGGACGUCGUUUUUGCCUGUUGGAAAAAAGGAAUACACCCUGAGAAUGGGUUUAAUGAACCUCAUAAAUUCCUAUUUGGCUUUUUCCAACGUUAUUGCAAUUAGGUGUGUCCACUAGUAUGGGUUGUAUAGCUGUUGAAUUCCCACGUUAACUUGGCUAAUAUAUAUAAACUUGUAAAGUUCAAUGAUUAUUUUUCAGUGCUACAACUUUAUAACUUUACAACAAAUGGACGCAAAGGACGGCAGGGUAGCAUUCAGAUGCUGAGAGUCCCGACAACCGCUCGCUAUUUGAUUAAAGCGUGGGGGGCUCGUGGAGGAACACAUUCCACUAAUUAUGGAGGCUAUCCUGGAACUUUCUACGGCGGCAUGGGCGCAUUCAAGAAGGGGACAUUCAGAUUGAAUAAUGGAACUGUGAUGAACAUUGUAGUAGGACAAAGAGGAGGAAAUUCAGUAGAGGUUAAAGGAGGACAAUCGACUAACAGAACGGCAGCUGAACUGGGGCUAUCUGUAGAGGACAAUGCUGGGACAGGGGGUGGGGGAGGAAGUUUUGUUUAUACAUCAGCUAAUGCACUGUUAUUAGCUGCCGGAGGGGGAGGGGGUGCGUCUGCAGGAUACAACGGGGUACAUGGUCAGGCGGGUUCCAGUGGUGCCAGUAGUGUGGGAAAUAAAUCUUCUCAGGUUCGAAGAGGAGGAGUUGGAGGAAACCCCGGUGAGUGUAAUUCUGUGGGUGCUAGCUAUCAUGGGGGAGUGGGUGCAGGGUGGUUACGUCAGGGAUGCGUUAGAGCUGGCACAUCUCAUGGUGAAAGAGGUCGGUCGCGAGUCCAGGGCUGGGUGGGAGGGAGAGCCGGUGGAAUGAAUAGUGGUUCUAAUAGAGGGCCACACCCUGGGGCGGUAGGAGGUUUUGGUGGAGGGGGAGGUGGGUCUGAGGAUAACGGCGCUUCUGGUGGAGGAGGGGGAUACUCUGGGGGAGGAAGUGGUACUCAUCCAAACCAGGCUGGAGGGGGAGGGGGUUCGUAUUGUGGUGGUGCGAGUUGUUCUGGCGCUACUGGAGGGAAUGCAAAGGAUGAUGGAUUUGUCCAAAUUAUAGAGUUACCCAACUAA